UCGGCGGUGAGCCCGACUGAUUCUGAUACAACUGCUUGUAAACUGCGAGUCUGUUUCUUUUCGGAACCUUAUAUAUCAUUUAUUUGCUUUAAUUUUUAUAUGAUGUAGUGAAAACACUACCGCGCAAAUUCAUUAAGUACGUCACAUCUAGUAUGUGUGUUGUUUGGGUCCAUUCUGAAAUGCAGAGAUCUAACUGACCGACAAAGGUUGGAUCAACUCCUCGAUAGCAUCGAUCUUCAACAUGGCUCAGCAACAGACAUGUUGUUACUAAUGGGAGAGGUAAUUAAUUUGACAAAUUGGUCAAAAGAUUUUCGACAAUGACCUUCACAGACAACUUUUGUUGUCUAAGCUUCUUCAACAAGUGCAGGAUGUGCUGCUUGCAUCAGCUUACCGUUUUACCGACGGUAAUAUAUCACAAUCGCAGAACAUACUUAUAAUAAGAACAAACUACUUUCCGUUGUCUUACAAACAGGAACUUCAUCAAGUGAACAACAUUUUCUUUGGAAGUCAGAAGUCGUGUGUCGUCUAUAACAUUUAUUGGUUACAUUUGUGGAUUCCUAAAAGGACGAAUCUGUUCGCUUCGUUUGCAUGCUGGACAGACCAUUUUGUAAAGACGCCUUAACUUUAUGAAAAUUUCUACAGAAAGCUUAGUUUUAACAUCUGGAGCAUACCGUCAUUAUGGUGGAGAAUGGAAAUCAACUUUCGAGUUCACCCCAAGUGAUUGCUUGGUUUUUGCAGAUUGGCACUGUUCACUAUUCUCACGUGAUUUUCCGACGUCUUAUUGUUUGGUCGGGUUGUUACAGGAAAAACACCUAAACCUUGCAGGUCUGUCCAUAGGAUCGAAUGAUUCAUGGCUCUUUAUCGCAACACCUGAAUCCAUCACUGGAAUUGAAAAAAAUCACGGGAAUAGCGUCUCUGCUGAUAUAUCUGUUGUUCAAGUAGCUUCAGAUGGUCAGAAUGUAUAUUGUGUGAAGGACGAAACUGUUACCUUACUAAAAGUUUGUGAUUUUGGAAAUAUCAUUGCAGUUGAUCGCCCACUUAGUUUAACAAUAAAAAUAAAAUCGAUAUCAUGUGGUCUAGGGUUUUUGUUAUGUUUAACAUUUUCAGGACAGGUGUUUAGUCAGGGUAUAGGAAGUCGAGGUCAGUUAGGUUUAGGUGAUUUAACUGACAAAACUGAACUGACUAUAAUUGAAGCUUUACAAAUAUUGACUGUUACUCAAAUUGCAGCAGGAAAUUGGCAUUCAGUAUGUUUGACUGAUACAGGAGACGUUUAUACUUGGGGUUGGAAUGAACAUGGUCAACUAGGGCACAGGUCCCUUGGAAUCAGUAAUAAAUCAAACUCUAUCACCGAGAAAGAACGGGAAAGUUGUGUAUCUGUCUUGGCCCUUCCUACUCCAGUAGAUUUCCCUGAUAACGUAUCUAUUUCACAAAUUGCCUGCGGUGGUUGUCACACAGCCUGUCUGACAGAAGAUGGCAUCCUGUUUUGUUUUGGAUGCAAUAAAUUUGGUCAGUUGGGAUUUGACUCAUCUAUGGAAGCUGUUGAUUCGCCAGUGAAACACCCACUCUUAACAAAUCAACAAUUGGAUUCCAAUAUGGUUAUAUCAUCUGUUUACUGUGGUUUAUGGUCCACAACUCUCUAUUUAAACUCAAAAACCUGAUGUUUGCACGAAA